AUGAUUUUAGCUGGUGACCGCUCUUUGCUGGCAGCCCCAUUUGCCGGCUUGCCUUAUGAUUCGCCCACCUAUCCAGUCCCGUCCACCCCCCCCGUGUCCCUCCCUCGUCCCUGUCCACACCCCCACCUUGGUCCUCCUAGUAAGGGUACCCCAUCUUCUGCUUCCACAGAGACAUCUUCUGAUUCCGCUUCCUGCUUUGCACUAUAUUUGAAGCCACUCUCCUCCUCGUUGCUAUUCAUUGGUUGUUCUACUUGCUCCUUUGUCCUGCCGUGCCUUUCCUGCCAAGGUCCAGAUCUCGCCUUCUCCUUCGCCACCGAUCGCACGAGGUUCUCUUCCGCAUCAUCCCCGCACGCUGCCUUCGCUCUGCCGUUACCGCCGCCCUCGCCUCCUCCUCGUCGUGAUCGUCGUCUGCGUUCUGGGGUCGUAGUACGUCGGUUAUUUCAGUUCGUGGUUCUUGGCGUCUUGACGAUGACGGGCAAGCGCCGUCGUCCCCCCCUGCAGCAUCGUGCGACGGGUCGUCCUGACGCUCCCACCCCGCCAGAGGCCCCGGGCGCGCUGGCGCCAAUCCUACUCCGAGCUGCCGCUGCCCUGGUUGCGCGCGAGGAAGGCACCGUCCCCUCGCACCCCCGGGAUCCGAUUUAUCGAUCUCCUCGUGGGCGGACCCACCCAAACCUUCGCGCGCGCGGAGGGUCGUUCCGUACCUGCCGCCCUCCUCGGCGCUCACCUGCUGUCCAGCGACAGGUGAUCGGUCCGCUCCUCCAGCAAUCCGCUCUUGCCGCGCGAUCCCUGCCGCUGCGGCUUCCUCCCUCGCUGUCUCAGUCGGCAUCGUCUCUGCCGUGCUCGGCGUGGGAGCCCCCGCCCGCAGCUGUUCCUCUGCCUCCUCCGUACACCCAUCCUCCACCCGAGGCGUCACCCCCCGUUCAUGCCCCUCCGGCCGCGCCUUCUUUCCCGCUGCCCCCAUCAGCGCCUCCUCCUGGUGGUCCACCCGUUCCUCCUCCCCCUCCUUCCCCCCGGUCCUAG